AUCUCGCUGGUGUUCCUGGUCAGCGGCCUGAUCAUCCUCGGCUACUCGUCGUCCAUCAGCGGUCAGUGCACCUAUCAGGCGGUGGUGAAGGAGGUGUGCGGUCCGGCCAUCGGGCAGCUCUGUGAGAUCUGCUUCGUCUUCAACCUCUUCAUGAUCUCCGUGGCCUUCCUGGUGGUCGUGGACGACCAGCUGGAGAAGUUGUGUGAAUCCCUGUACGAGCUGGUGACCGGUUUGCCGAAGUCCGAGAUGCCGUAUCACUUCUACACCGACCAGCGGUUCGGCCUGGUGCUGCUCUGCGCCUUCCUCAUCCUGCCACUGUCCAUCUCCAAAGAGAUCAGCAUCCAGAAAUACAUCAGUGUUCUGGGCACUCUGGCUGCGACCUACCUGACCAUCGCCAUCAUCAUCAAAUACCACACCGUGCCUCCUGUUCUGGUUCGCAACACCCCCGUCUACACCAGUGGGAUCGGCUCCUGGGCCUCCAUGUUCAGCGUCAUCCCGACCAUCUGCUUCGGCUUCCAAUGUCACGAGGCGUCCAUCGCCAUCUACAGCAGCAUGGAGAACCAGCGGCUCUCGCACUGGGUCUUCAUCUCCGUGGUCUCCAUGAUCUUCUGCCUCAUCAUUUACUCCCUCACAGGGGUUUAUGGGUACCUGACAUUUGGAAAGGACACGAAGGCCGACAUUUUAAUGUCGUACGCAAGCGACGACGUCCUGAUGCUCAUCGCCCGGCUGCUGUUCGGAGUCUCCAUCAUCACCAUCUAUCCCAUCACCCUGCUGCUCGGCAGGUCAGUGAUCCAGGACCUCCUCCUGAGCUGGCGGCGGCGGCGUCACGGCGACCUGCUGACGGUGGAGUUCGAGAGGCGCAGCCGCCACACGCUGACGGUCCUGUGGAUAACGAUGACGCUGCUCAUCGCCGUGUUCGUACCGGACAUCAGCAAGGUCAUCAGCGUCAUCGGCGGCGUCAGCGCCUUCUUCAUCUUCAUCUUCCCGGGACUCUGUCUGAUGUUUGCCAUGCAGUCUGAGCCGGUGUCCUGUAAGACCAGAGUGGUCCUGACGGUUUGGGGCGUCGUCACUCUGAUCUGCGGAGCCUUCAUCUUCGGCCAGAGCACCACCAUCGCCGUCAUGCAGCUCCUCGGGAAGAUCUGA